AUGAGCUACACGCAACCAAGAAAGUUCAGCACAACGCCCUCUCGAACCUUGAAGCAGUUUUUCCCUGCUCCCGAUGCUCCCAGCAUCAGAACCACAGAAGCAGCAUGGCCACACCCAAUAUACACCAAAGAGCAAAUGGAAGCUGUCGUGAUCGCGCAUCGAGAAGCCAAGACAUGGUCAGACUGGACGGCACUGGCUGCCAUCCGCACACUGCGAUGGGGCCUGGACCUGGCUACUGGCUACAAGCACGACAAGGCUGUGGCUAGUGGAGAAAAGAGCGCCAAAAAUGCCAACCAGAAGCAUGUCAUGACGGCGAGAAAAUACAUGAUCCGGAACAUCUUCCUCGAGUCUGUAGCCGGUGUGCCAGGAAUGGUCGCAGGCAUGCUACGACAUCUGCACUCGAUGCGGCGAAUGAAGAGAGACAACGGCUGGAUCGAGACUCUGCUCGAAGAGUCAUACAACGAGAGGAUGCAUCUGUUGACCUUCCUCAAGAUGGGAGAACCAGGACCGUUCAUGCGGUUCAUGGUUCUGGCUGCUCAAGGAGUCUUUUUCAACGCAAUGUUCGCCGCCUACCUCGUUUCGCCUCGAACCGCCCAUCGCUUUGUCGGCUAUCUCGAGGAGGAAGCUGUGCUUACAUACACACGCGAGAUCGCAGACUUGGAUGCGGGAAGACUUCCAGAGUGGGAGAAGCUUGUUGCUCCCGACAUUGCUAUCAAGUACUGGCAUAUGCCCGAGGGCCACCGCACGAUGCGCGACUUGUUGAUGUACAUUCGCGCAGAUGAGUCCAAGCACCGCGAGGUCAAUCAUACACUCGGCAAUCUCGAUCAGAAGGAAGAUCCCAACCCGUUCGUGUCCGAAUACAAGGACAAGACGAUUCCUCAUCCGGGAAAGGGUCUCCAGCACCCCAAGCCUACGGGAUGGGAGAGGGCCGAGGUCAUGUAG